AUGGACAGCUCAGCAAAAGGCGGUAAAAGGGAAGUGCAAGACGGACCACCAAAAGACAUGAAGCUACCUUUCAGUGAAGCACUUCUAGACUAUCAUCGUGAGAUAAAGGAAAAUGCAGUGGAGCGAUUCAUGUUUCAGAUCAAGAAACUGAGGGACAAGAAUCAGAGGUACCAAGACAGGAAUAGACGCCUGAAAGAGGAGCAGAAAUGGCACAUAAAGAACCUCCUAAAAGAACUGACUGAGGAGAAGUCAGAAGGAGUCCCAGCUGUGUCAAGAGAGGAUGUGGAAGAAGCAAUGAAGGAAAAAUGGCAGUUUGAAAGAGACCAGGAGAAAAACUUGAAAGAAAUGCGCAUACAAAUAAGUGAUGCUGAGAAACUAUUCCUUGAAAAACUCAGUGAAAAGGAAUAUUGGGAAGAGUACAAGAAUGUAGGGAGUGAACAGCAUGCUCAACUCAUCAUUUCCUUACAAAAUGACAUUGACACGGUCAAAGAGAAUGCAGAGAAAAUGUCAGAACAGUAUAAAAUCACUCUAGAAGAUGCUAGAAAGCGAAUAAUCAAAGAAACACUGGUACAGAUGAACCAAAGGAAGGAAUGGGCCACACAGAACGCUGUAAAGUUCAUCGACAGGAGCAACUAUCGAGAGAUCUGGGAGAAUGACUGGCUAAAAAAAGAAAUUUCCAUCCAUAGGAAGGAAGUAGAAGAACUGGAAAAAUGUAUUCAUCGACUAGAAGAAGAAAAUUUGGUGCUUAUUGACCAGCUAUUUAACUGUAGACUUGUGGAUCUCAAAAUACCCAGGAAACUGUAUCUUACUCAAGCUGCUGGGCAGCAAGUGCCACCUGAAGAUGCCAUGUCUUUGAAGUUGCUAGAGACAGAUGAAGAGGAGAAUUUGAAAUCGCCCACUGCAGCAGAGAGUAGAAACGAAUGGAGCCUAACGGGGAGCAGCCAGGAGGUUGGCAGUCCAGAUGUCUGGUUUGAAAAGAUAGAGGAGGACAGCUCCUCCACAGAGAUCAAGGGCUCUGUCAUCCAUUAUUUGUUGCAUGAGGAUGAACAGGAUUUCAAGGAUUAUGUAAACUUGGGCCCCCUGGCUCUGAAGCUCAUGAGUGUGGAAGGCAAGAAGAUGCCCAUUCAUUUUCAAGAAAAGGAGAGUCCAGUCAAAUCAUACGAAGAUAUGCAGAGCCCUGAUAGCCAUAUCACACAUAAGAUGAUGAAGACGUUUCUCUAGCCUGAAAGCUGCAUCAUGGAAACCAAUUUUCCUUAGAAAUUGUUUGUGAAUUAAAGUGCCCAAAUUUCUCACUUUA